UCUCUCUCAAACACUGCAGACAGCUUGAGAAUUGCCAAUGAUGGCGUCUCCCUUCGAAACUCGUAUGCCGAUGGCGCCCUCCUGCUCUUAGAUUUGACGUAUUGUUCUCGCUUUUGGGGCCUUUCUUCGGUUCGAGGCUUUCGUUCUGCUUCGCGAGAUUGUUUGUGGAGAUGGCGAAUCCGAAAUGGAGUUCGCAGAACAGCGGUUAUGAGACCGCGAUCUUGGCCGCCAAAAUUGUUUUUUGCUUCCUCGGCGUCGUCUCCUGUGGCGCCGCCGUCAGGGCGGCCAUGGGAGCCCUGGCCUCUGCCCUCCCCGGCUUCUGGGCCUCCCUCCGCUCCUGGCUCGCGCCGCAGUACCUCUUCGUCGCUGUCCAUUUCAUUAUCCUCGUUAUCUGGAAGCUCUCCGAUCAGCAGCAGCAGCACCGGCACCACUUCGAACACUGGGCCGCGGAGGCGGGGACCGCGGAGUCUGAGAAUCCUACAAAGAUAGAAUCUUUCGAGCCUCCGCCUGCGGCUGGCCUUCCCCGGAAACCGUCGCCAGAGAUCUGGCGCGACGAGAUCUCGCCGUCUCCGACGACCGGAGAGGUUCUAGCGGUGGAUCCCGUUGAGCACUCGCCGUCCGACGCGUCGUCCCUCACGACGGAUUCCUGCGAGAGGUCCACGCCUUCGUCGGCGUUUGCGAGCCAAAAGAGCGUCCAACCAGAGACCGAGACCAGCAUUGCGAUGGCGGAAGAGGAGGACGAGGCGGCGGCCUCGGCGGAGUUAGAGAACGACUCGAUGGAGGCCACGUGGAUGGCGAUUAUGGAGAAGUCGUCUCGGCCGGAGCUGACGCCGCCACCCGUGGCGGCUCCCUCUUCCGCGAGUCACGAGGACAUGAACCGGCGGUUCGACGAUUUCAUCAAGAAGAACCACGAGCAAAUUCGGUUUCUCAGUAGCCGGCGGCAUCCGUAGGAGAUGCGCAAGUCACGCCUGACACUAAUCUCCAUCUCCUUUCAUCUUCUUGCAAGCUCGUUGAACGAAAGCUUCUGUGGAGGGGGACUGCUUUACUGCUUUGCUGCAAGACAACGAAUCCUUAAGGUUCCUUUUGAGAUGCUGCACUUGUUCUUUGUUCUGGUGUUGCUGGUCGGACUGAGAAGUGAGUGAGUCUGAAAGAUGGAGCCUUUGGUAUGAUUCAAUCUCAUCUCUUGGUGGUAAUACCAUUAGCUUACUGUUUGAUACAGGAUUGUCCUGAUAAUGGUUUACAGUGCAAGUGGAAAACUGUGUUUGUAGAUAGUCCUUUUUUAUACUUAACUGUGUUGAUUGGCUCAAUGUUUAUUAACGAAUUCAUAUCAGCUCUUCUAUUCAACUUUUCCUACGUUUUCCUUUUCCAUCAUAGUUACCAGUAAAAUGCCUGUGGGCAUAAAUCUUCUCCUACAUAAGCCACAUUUUUGAGAAAUCUCUACUUGUAAAAUUGAAGAGAAUGAUACCAAAACAUAUGAUGAUGAUACAUGCUUUUCGGUACAAGAAGUUGCUGUUUGCUAGAUAUAAGAAUUAUAUUUAUGUUUACUUAUUAAAGUCAAGCGUUUGCUGUUUUUUGGAUCGUUCAGAAAAAGUUAGAGACUGAAUCAUUGGGGAGUUUCUGCAUGAUAUCAUGUAAUAAUACUAUCUAACUUCUUAAGUUAUAGAGAUAUUUUCACUGUAUUGAAAGAGUCACUAGGCAUUAAUUAAUAGAUAAAUUUGUUUAAUAUUUUUUAAGAACUUGAGUACUUGCUUAAAAAUGAAUGGGGAAAAAUAAGUAUAGGUUGCUGAUGGAAGCCCAAACUAUUUGCUUUUUUUAUGCAAAUGCUUAUUUGAGACAACAUAUUCAGAACCUACUGUCUUUACAAUUAAGUUUUGCUGAACAAUAUUCACUGAUAAUACAUCGGGAAACCAAUUGUGAUUAUGUAAGAUGAAAAAUAAUUAAUAGAUAUUAACUGGCAAUAUCUGAUUGUUGAAGCUUGACAUGGUAUUUUUUAUGCAGGUAGGCAAAAGUAGGAACUAGAAAGUCUCCGUAAACUAGUAUAUUUGUACUUGAUGUUAGGAAAAAUGUAUUGGAAUGAAUAUGGUCUUUGUUUAAGCAGAAGUUAUGAAAAUAUUAUAUCUAAUCUCAAUAAUGACUUGCCCCUAAGAAGGAACGUAUCCUCUUUAGAGUCUAUAUCUGUUUACAGUUGCACACAUGCUUCUUCCUUUGGUAUGAUCUGCUAAUUGACUCCUGUGCAUGAUAUGUAAAAGGAUACUUUCAUUAAACUUAGUAGCCUACUCAGAGGAUCAUUGUUUCUCUAUGUUUUUACAAUAAUGUUAUCCCCAGCAUUUCUUGCUAAUGAGUUUCUUGGUCCACCGAUGUUAGGUUAAACUUUCUGAAUCAUGUACUCUGUUUUUGUGAUACUAAUUCUUCAAAUUUGUUCUUCUGGUUACCUUUUUUCAUCUUCAUUCAACAUCAGAGGGUCAUAGGUCAGAUCAGAGGUUCUCAGUUUAUAUGGAUAUGUUAAAGGUCCACAUCAAGUAUGUGUCAAGAAACUUACAAUCGAUUUCAAGAACAAUUACAUGCCGAUAUUUGCAGUCCUCUUUGUCUGUGAAAUAUCUUCCAGGAUGGCCAUAGUCCUGUUGUGAUCAAUAUAUUUUAAGGACCGACUGUGACCAUUGACUAUUUCAGCAGGUAAAGUGAAUAUUUCUUCCUAAAGGCAAGACAGCAGUCUCAUAAUUUAUUGGAUUAGAUGAUUGAUAUGUUUCAUAUUUUAACAUUCUCUUAGAAGAAGACAAUUCUUACUUUUUCAAGGCCUAUUUUCCUCAACAUAAAACUGGUUUUCAGCAUCUGGACAAACCCCAAUAACUAUAGUUCUACAGUUAUUUUUAAUUAGAAAACCAGCUCAAAUUUAUUACUCUCAGCUUAUUCUUGAGAAGAUUUUUGUGUGACUUUGGCAAUAUAGUAUGUUUAUUGUGGAAGAUGGUUCAUAGUAGAACUUUAUACUUCAGUUUCCUAGUGAGUUGAUAUAUUUCAUGUAUCAUCUGGUGACUUUGUGCCUGUUGAAGUCCCGAAUCUUGAUUCAACUUAACAGUGACAAUGUAUGUUGCCAUUGUCCUUUGAUUUGCAAAUUAGUGGGCUUUUGCAGACCUCUUUUUUCUUAAGAGAAAGUUGUGAUGAUCCUUUGAAGAUUGCAUGAAAAAUGUCAUUUAAGAUUUAUAGCUAAUUGCAGGGUUUUGAGGCAUUAAAGUCUACAGUUUUUAUCUUCUUACUUAAUGAUCAGUGAGCAUGAAAGAGAUUAGAAUUCAUGGCAUAUUAGACAUGUAUUGAUGAGAAAAAAAUUAGAUAGAAAGACACAGUGGUUACCUACUCCAACCAUAUAUAUAUAUACGAGGAGAAAGGGAGUGACAGGCCUAAUGAAAAGGAUUGAUAGCUGUGGAUGAGUUUAAAGAAAAGGUGAU